GAAAGGAAGCAUGUGAGCGUGUUCGGGUUGAGCAUUUGAUCAUGGUUGAUAGGUAGUUCUGCGAGCGGACGGAUAUGUUGUCUUGUAUGUAGACGCAUGCUUGUCGUAGUGAUUGCGCGAGGAUGUUACCACGAGAUGGUUUUUUUUGGGGAACUCGACGUCUCAGACGCCCGACCUAUAGCAUCAGACAGCUGCUGCAACUCGAAUCACGUCCUCCCCACCACCUCAACACGUUUCACAGACCCGCAGUGUUCCCAGCCGUGUUUCUGCGCACGGGGGCAACGGGAGAGGAGUUCCGAUGUCUGGAAGUGGAGCGAGUGGGUGAGGAGGAGGCAGUCCCUGUAGGGAGAGCGGGAGAGGAGG